GUACCUGCCUACGCCUUCACUUCUAAAUUAAUCAUGAAUGUAACCCCCAUCCCACCCCCGACACACACACACACACAGAUGGUGGCGGCCGCGGGUGUGGGAGUGGCCAUGGGCAACGCCGUGCCCCCCGUGAAGGCGGCGGCGGGCUGCGUGGUGGCGGGGCACGACGACGGCGGCGUGGCGGAGGCCUUUGAGCGCUUCGUGCUGUGAGGAGGAGGGCAGCAGGAGGGAGGGCUGGGCUGUGAGGAGGGCUGUGGAGGCUUGUGGGAGUAGUGUGGGAGGGGUGUGGGAGGGUUGCGACGGCGCAGGUGAACGGGGCGGCAUAUUCCGGCGAUCGUGCGGUGCAUGCCCAGGCUCGGCAUACCCAGACGCGCUGCGAGAUUUUGGGGGCCGGAGGCUGGAAUGCUAAGGCGUUGGCCGUUUGGCGUUGGCCGGUUGGGAUGCUAAGGCGUUGGCCGAUGCUAAGGCGUUGGCCGGUUGGGAUGCUAAGGAUCUAGCGCUGCAUGCUGCCAGGGGCGGCUGGUCCCAGGGGUAAAUGACAAGUGGUGGCGGGGAGGAGGGCGGCGAGAGGGCAGGGGGAAGGCAUGUGGGUGUGGGUGUGGGUGUGGGCCUGUGGGGGAGCUGGUGGAGCGGGUGCGGGGUAGACAGGUAGCGCGGUGUGACAGGGUGUGCGAUGGGACAGGGUUUAGGCAGGUUGGCGAGGUCCCUUAGGGUGCAGCUGACGCCCAUACCCCAAGCAGACGGCAAACAAUUUGCAGCGGCAGAGCAGAAGUGCAACGCGGUGUGACAGGGUGCAAGGAGCGUCAGGCAUCGGGGCGCAGAGGAGCCGAGGAGAGCUGCUGGCGGCUGCGGUCGGGUAGCUAGCGAGUCAGACGGAGUCGCGUGUGAGGGAGGUGCUCGCGCGCUUGACCCGGGUGCGCCGCUGCCGGUUGCGAAAAUUGCGGUGGAUGCGGCCGCGGGAUCCGAAAGCGCAGCGCCACACGGCCACAGGCCCACCUAGGCCCACAUCCCGCCUCUGGGGGAUACCCGGGGCGUGCGUGUGGAGAAGCUUGCAGCUGUCUUGAUGCAAAAUGGGACGGAAUUUGUGUCUUGCGAGGGCCGCGGUGUACGAAUGAGGCCACGGACCCACCGUGAAGCCGAAGGGAAGGGUGGUCGAGGCUGGCACAGGGAGUUUCCGGGAUGGGGGCCCGGAAGUUUGGCCAAAACUCCGACCAAAACUCCAGCCCAUUCGCCGGAAGUUUACACCGCCAGUUCGAACGAGCCAACCCCAGUCGACCCAAAACUUACCGGGCCCCCAUCCCCGGAAAUGUGGUUUCCAAGGAUAGGAAAGCCGGCCCGCGGCGUUUCUUUGGCACAGCUCGCAGAGAUGGACUCACUCGUGCGCAACAAUUAAUUAUGCUCCCGUUCAAAACAGGGCUGCCGCAGCGUUGUCAGAGCGCCUUGUCAUCGCGAAAGUGUCAGGAUGGUUUCCGGUCGAACUGUGCUGCAAGACCCCAGGACGCUUGCGAGCAUGCUUGGCGUGAUUUCAUUACGCUCUGUUGUGUUCUGGUAAUCCUGCGGAGAAGGGUUCAGCGCAGCCAAUCACUACUCAAUUCG